GCAGGUCCCACAUGGUAUCCCAAUCUCGUCCCUGUAUGCUCCUGCUCCAGAGCAGGUCCCGCAUGGUACUCCCAUCCCGUCCCUCCCUCCUCGCCGCCCCACCUUGGAGUGCACGCAAUACACACCACAAACCGCCUACCUUUAAAUCCACUUCGCAGAAGAUGCCGGCGGCGCGGUGGCUGCUGGCGCUGUGCGCGCCACUGGCCGCCGAGGGUAUCGCCCUCGCCUCGGGGAACCUCGGCGCCCAGCGCGCGGCCGCCAAGGCCAAGGCCAAGACCGUGUCGGCGCAGGCCCUGCGGUACUUCCAGGCGCUCAACGCCUCGUCGUCCAGGAGGCCCGUGCUGGUGCCGCCCGGCGAUGUGCGGGCGCGCGCGGAGGCGCCCAAGCCGGGCGCCCGCCACGUCAGCCUCCUGGAGGUGGGCUCGCAGCGCGGGGAGUUCCAGCCCUCCGCGGAGUUCCAGGCCGGGGCGGAGGGCAAGUCCGAGGCGGCGCUGCCCUGGGGCGUGGGCACUCCCCGCGGCGGCGACAACUGGGUGGUCCACGAGUACUCAGCCAUGCACAUGCUCGAUGUCCCCCACUGGGUGGAGUACAGCCUGGAAACUGGGGACAACAUCCAGACCUUCAGCAGCGCUUGGCAGGAUGUCAAGCUCAUUACACAGGUGCUCGAGAAUGUCACCAACGGCUUCUACCUGGACACCCACGGCGGGGAUGGCGAGACGAACAGCUACACGCUCCUGCUCGAGAUCACAGGCUGGCGCGGGCUCAUCCUAGAGCCUCAAAUUUACGAGUUCGCUACGCUGUGGGGCAAGAUGCGGAAGGCGUGGCUGUUCCUCGGGUGCCUAUCUCCGACCGGGAACGCCACGAAGCUCGGCUUUGACACCGAUGGCGUACUCGACAUGUUGAGCGGUCACCAGAUUCACGCCUAUAAUUUGCCCACGUUCUUGGAAGAGAUGGGCGGUCGCAAGACCAUCGAUUUCUGGGCUGUGCACAAUGGUCAUUACGAGGCAGAGGUCCUGAAUGAAACCUUCUUCGGCACAGGGAAGAACAUCGAGUUCGGGGUCGUUCUGGUCCGCUUCAAUGGACGUAACGCUGGCCGUGGUUCCCAGUGGUUCGCUCAGCACAGGUCCAAAGACGAGACCGAAGAGCUCGUCUUUGAGAUCAUGCACAACGCCAGCUUCAACUACAUCGGUGGCCUUGACGCGUUUUGGAUCAACUACGUCGAGCCGCGCUUCCAUUACAAUGACCAUGUGUGGGUGAACCCCGCGUACUUCGAGAGGCGCGGCAUCCCUAUUCCCACGUGGUGCAAGUCGGCGCCCCCUCCCGCGCUGGAGUAUCCCCGCCAAGGCCACCUCGACGUUCCUGGACUGGACAACCUUAAGAAGUGGACAGGCUCGGGCUCUUCCCCAGGACCGCACGUGUAUGGACAUCCGACCGACAUGACUGCGGGGAGCAUCCCCCACGGAUACGGAAGCCCGGGGAUCCCCUACGGGCCUUCCUCGCGCAACCCGUUCGGCAUCGACCACCAGGAAUACGACGACCCGGCAUACAUGUCCCUUGGGUCGAGCAACCCGUCGCACCCGGGACCGCAGGGAGGAGGCGGGACCUGGGACCCCCGCUGGAACUGGGACGCUGGCUACACCUACGAAGAGGAGACCAACAAGAUGAUCGCCUACAUCGCGAAGGCGAAGAGGGACGCCGCGUUCACGGAAGAACCCGCCAAGGCGCACCGCGUGCAGUACAACCGCCUGUUGUCGGUGCGCCACGACUGAGCUCGCUUGGCUGCGCGGUGCUGGCGCGUCCAGGUUCGGGAUCUUCCUCGUGGGGCGAGGCUCUCCCAACGGUAGCACGAUGGCUGUAGUCAGAGAGAGCAAAACACCCCAACCCUAGGAAUACGAUGCAGACGUGGCCUCACGGAGGUCCCCGUCGUCGCAUUAGGGAUCACAGAUCUGGGCGGUUUGGCCUGGUCCAUCUGUAGAAAACGCCCCCCUAUCCCGAAUGUUUCUGACCCUCCUGACUUAUGUCCCCUCCCAAAGGGUUCAGGGGUACUCUGAUUGCUUAUCAAGUAGUGUCUCUGGUGGGCCGUCAUCGCGCCCACGAAGGCCUCGCAGGCAUUGCCGUCCAGCCCGGUUUUCGCAGCAAACGUCGGGCGCUCGCGCUGAAGACCGCCGAUGGCCGCCGAGGACCCCCGGCGACCGCCGGCCGACAGCAGCCAUCGGCCCCUCCUCUCGCUCGGCUCUGCCCUGUUUGUUUCCUUCUUUGGAUCACUACGUCCUUCCGCGUCCCAAUGUGUUCCUCUG